AUGUCUUCAGCGGGUAAAGGAGCAUAUGGUUCAUCUCCACCAAUACAUAAAAUGACUCAAUCAAGAGAGUCAUCAAUGGAACACAAUGAUCGUUAUACCUUUGGCUAUUCAUCCGAGCUUGCCAAUCAUGAAAGUACUGUAUCGACGGCGAAAAGAUUGAGACAACGACUUCAACGACAACAAAGUGGACAAUCUGGCUUAUCUGGUCGCCGCUAUACUGGUGAAAGCAGUGAUGGAUCAUCGAUUGUUGGAACACCAACAGACACAGGCCGUUCUUUUACUUUCACGGCCGUUCAUCGAAAUUUGAUCAAAGAGGACCGAAAGCCCUCGGUCACACAAAAUUUGAGUGAACAAAUGUUGGAAGCAAUUCACUAUGAGGAUAUGACAAUGGUGGAGCGACUCUUGGCCGCACAUAAUCUCAACAAACCGCUAUCGACAUCGCCAUCGAUUGGCUCAACGAACACUCUCACUGAUUUGGCUCAAAGACGUCACGGGAAUAAUCAUCGGAGAUCGAACGCCAGCAGCACCGUUUCCACGCAUUCUGGCGGAAAAUCAACUUGUGCAGUGCUCAACACUCUCCACAUGGCUGUCGCCCACAAACAAAAGGAUAUCGCUGAACUGCUAUUGAAAAGUGGAUACGAUCCAAAUGCUACAGCGACGUGCCAUUGUAAAGGAAACUGUACAGCAAGUGGAAAUAUCCCGUUGACAACAAUUAUUCCAAGAACCCAUUCAAUGACUCCCGAGAUCUGCUCGAUUUGCACCCAACUCCGCGCGGUCACAAUCAUCGAUCAGACACCGUUGGGGGUGGCGGUGCGAGUGCAAAGUGCUGAACUCAUCGCUCUUCUUAUUGCAUAUGGAGCUGACGUGAAUCUAGGAGACGAUGAUGGGAAUACACCGUUACUCUUGGCUGCCCGAGAUUCUCCACUUAAUUGGACUUGUCUUCACACUUUGAUUUUCUUCGGGGCACAAAUUGAGAAGAAAAAUAUGCGAGGAAUUUGCCCACUCGAUCUAGCACCCGAAUUGAGAAGUUUGCAACAAACAUGUGUUGAAGAAUUGUUCAAGGUGGCUUGCUCUGGACAAGAAAAGGAGCAUUCGAGACUUGGGUUUUCUACUCCAAGAUCCGCUCACAAUCAUCGUUUGCAAGUGGAUAACGUGUCCCAAGGCGAGCGUCAUUCUCUGAACAAAGCUCCACUCUCUCCUCGUCCAUCAGCCGCUCCUUCAGUCUCAACUUGCUCACUACUCGAAACUGUAACCGCAAAAGAAACAGCGAGACGCAAAUCACUGGUCUCCCUUCAGUUGCAGAGAAAAAAUCGGGGAACGAAAGACAAUAGAGAUCUGGCGGCAGCUGCAAGGAGAUGCUUUGCACAUCAUAGAAAUGCUCUUGAUCCGGUGAUCGAUAAUGUGAGCUGGGAACAAGCGUGGGAGCUCCUCAAAAAGAUGGCCUCAAAUCCCGAAUGCUUAGAAGUGAUUCAGAACUCUUUGAUCAAGUGUGCGAAAGAGCUCGAGAAUGUCUCACAAAAUGUCGACCAUGAGGCUUUUGAAUCACAUUUAGGCGGCUUACUUCACAAAUUAAUCCUGACAGCUAUCGAGUUCUACGAUUCAGCCACGCCGACCUACAAGAAAACCCGAAAACAACAGCUUAUUUCUAUUUUGGCUUCUUUGUCAAAAUUCUGCUUUCAAUUCUUGCAGAUCACUGGCACUGUGAGACAAUUCUCUGCAUUGAGCACUUUAAAUAAGAUCAUUGAUGCCGGUUUGGUCUACGAGUUGUUCACUCAGCCCGAUAUUUCAUUCGUUUCUUCAAAGUUAUUGAAUCGAACUCAUGCCUUUGACUCGGAUUCCCCGGAAAGUCCAAUGGAAAGUCCAUUCAUGUCUCAAGGAGAUCAUUGUUCAACUGUCGAUCAUGUCUACAUCUAUACAACAAGAGAUGGAGCCGCUUCUCCGAAUCCACCAAUGGCUCACCCCGAUGCUCUCAUUCAGUCCUUUCAUGAUUCAUGUCCUAGUCAAGUCUUAAUGUGUCUCCACAAUGCGAUCACUUUGGGGAAUCGUGAGGCAGGAACUCGCUCUGUCUGCAGUCCCGCUCAUCGAUGGAGAUAUUGUAGUGCUCAUUGUACCCAGAUCUUAAUCGCUCGUUUGCUGCUUUUUCUCACUCACAUGUUGAACUUUCGGCAACGGUUGAGUUCAAGGAAGAACUUGAAAAAUCUCAUGCAAUUAUUGGAACCAACUCUGGAGCCGCAACUUCUUUGUCUGCUCCUUCAAUGUGUGGCCCUUGUGGCGUUGGAUUCAUCAACUCAUCCAGUCUUUCUCGAUCUUCAAAUUGACGAUGUUCUAAUGCAAAUGUUAUUGCCAGCUGAUGAUUGGUAUUACACGAAUCAUUCCACCAAGUUUGGCCACUUUGUCAAAUACCAUGCCGCUCGGAUUCUCAUCUACGUGGGAAUGGGCGAAAGAGUGGGAAGUCGAGUGAAUAUCUUUCACAUGCUUGCUGCUACUGAAAAACUCGAGAAACCGGAUGCAAAAGAGCCAAAAGAGGUGAAAGAGCUUCGAGCAACCAAAUCGAAUUAUCCGAUUGAAGAUGAAUAUAUUUGUGCUACAUGUGCAACGCCUAGAAGCAUGGCUACAUUCAGCAAGAAUGCGAUGGGUGUCGAGGGUUUUAUGCUCAAAUUGUUACAUGAAGUCUCUGAGUUAGCAAAGAAUGCUCCAAAUCUUUCCGCAGCUCAGCCGAUUAAAGAAGAAGAUCCGAAAACCGAAUCCCCACCGCCUGAUGUUGAGAGACACACAUCAGUUUCACCGCUUGUCGAAGCACGGGCUGCCCAAGAACAACUCAACAAAACCACAUCAUUUCAACUAUUAUUCUCUCUGGAGUCUCUUGAAGCUCAUCUAUGCAAAUUGGGACUGGCAAUCGACUCAACUCCCCACAAAACAAUCACCGAUCCGAGAGCCACUUCAAGUCUCAGUCUUGGAGCUAACACUGGCUAUGUGAAGUCAAAAUCAUUUGAUCGACGGGAUGAUCUUCAGGGAAAAGAUAGAAAUUAUUUGCGAGUGCACCAAGGAUCAAGAUCGUCAAAUAAAAGAGUUCACAUCCGAAGAUCGAGUUCUGUGGAGAUCAUUCGCCCAAAGCGUUUCAGUUCCGGAGCCAAGGACUUGAAGGAUAAAGAACGAAGGAAAAGGUUGGGUACUGAUACAAGCAGUGGAUCGAAUCGAUCAAAGAAGACAACCUCGUCGAGCUCUUCUGUACAAAAACACCUCCCUAAAUAUAUCCAAUCGCUUUUUCGCGGAAGAAUGGGAACCGAUCCAUGCAAGAGACACUCAAGACCCUCGGGAGACUCAAGCCCGGAAAGUCCAUCAUCUGGCUCGGAUCCAGUGCUGGAGUUCACGAAGAAACUCCAAAACUAUCCACCCACGAAAAGGGAAGAAAUGAAGCAAGCUUACAGAAGCAGCUUCCGACAACAGCAAGACUCGUCAGCUGACAGUAAUCCGUCAGCUCCACCAAAACCCCCACGAGUCAUCCCAUACACAUAUUUGCCAGAACUCGAAGUUUCUGGGGCUAGUCCACCCAGAACGCCAGCCAAUGGCUCAAAAGAUGAUGGUCUCAAUCCCCCAUCCCUUUUUGAUCGGCGACCCAGCAGUCCAUUGGCCAUUCCCGGAGUUCCGCAAAUCGAGAUCAGACGCCCAUCGGCAAUGUCCCAAUUUGAGUUUGGCUACUUUGUGAAUUCACCAGAUAGUAGAAGUGGUAGUGAAGCGUCGGAUUGUGCACCGCUUCUUGUCGCCGGACAAGCCGCAAGCAAUAAAGAUGCUGAUGGGAGCAGAAAGAGUUCGGAAGAGUCAUCAAUGGGUGAUUGGUCCUCUCGUGCAUCUUCGGUGAUUUCGCAAAGAAGUUCCCGUUCUUCGGCCGGUCUUCGAUUGUCCACUUUCAGUGCUGGAACGAGUAUCGCCUCGGACAACUCGGGACCAUUUCUUUUUAGCUUUGUUAUAAGGAAACGAGCUUCAACAAUUGGCACCCGAAUUCCUUUGCCGAAACGAGUUGGCUCGAGGAGUAGUGGGGAUUCUUUGAGAGUUCCUGACAGAGAGAGCCCCUUGUUGCUGUCGAUGAGCGAAAUGAACCCCGAUUUUCAAUGUGUUCGACAAUUGAUCGUCACAUUGUUGAAUGUGCAUACAAAAGAAAACGAUAAUGUGAUGGCAACAAUGAAAGAAUGCUCCCAAGUACUUCGACAAAUUCUCAACUCUCCUCAACAUCCGACUGUCAAAAAUUGGUGUGCUGAUAUAAUCCAAGUCGUCUCGACAUCCGUUGAACACAUGGAGAAUCAAGAAAAAGAGACACAACAUGAAGCAAUCAAUGAUGAAUAUCUUGAGGUGCAAGAUCAAGUGAUUUCCGGUGGAUUACCGUGCCCAAAAGAAGAAGCCGCUUAUCUUGCAGCAAUCCAGUUAUGCGUUGAGGAACAAUGGCCACACAAUAAGAGAACGCAAACGAUUAGGAGACAUUUGCUGAAAGGACAAUUUGGUAGAAUUCGAGAUCUAGCGUUGAAGAUCAUGAUCACUCCAUGGGAAGUCGAUCAGAGUCUAUAUUGCACUCCACCUAGAACUCAAUCUGAUGCGGCUAGGAACGAGUUAGAAGUAGUGAAUGCGGUUAUGUCGAGAAAAGGAGCUCAUCCACAAAGAGGAAACAGUGAUGACAGUGCAACGAGAAGGGGCAUUUUACUGAGAUGUAUCCCGCACAGUGACACGAGAAUGAGCGACGAGUUGCAAGCCCUCUGCCUUCCCAUUGAUUUGAGGGGUGAUCGAAGAACGUUAAAGUUUGUUCGGGAUCGUAAACGAAAACUUUUCCAUUCUCAAGUCUAUGAGAGUGAAGUGGGAAUGAAGAAACUCUACAUUCAGAUUGCCAAAAAGCUGGCUGCUUUCGGGUGCAAAGUUUUUCAAGUCAAAGAAGUUUUACACGGGAGAACGUUGAGAAAAACUUUACGACUUCUGUGUUUGAGUAGCACAUCACUGUGUCUUCUGGAUGGAAUCAGCAAAUUGGUGCUGAAGAAGCAACAUGCAAAUACUCUGCAACAAUGGAGAGUCGGUGGAGGUGUCUCAAAACAUCAGAUACUUUUGGAGUUUCGUGGCAAUAAAUGGCAGUUGAUUGCUCCCUCAUUCAACUCUCUCAAAUCGAUCUCAAUGACCCUUUGGGAAAUCCAGCAGAAUCGUGUCAGCAACUCUAUCCAAAAAUCGCUGAAUACAGGACAUCGAAGAAGUAUUUGUGCAAGUACAGCCACCUCUCGAUCCGGCUCUACAAUCUCUAGGACAUCACAAAUUCUGAGUGGAAACUUCUCUCUUGAACCAGUGACACUGUUUCGAUUAGAGCUAGAGCGACUACAGUACAUUCUUCAUUUUCCUGAAGAAGUCGCUUACCAACUCUCACAUACUGAAUAUCAACUCUUCUAUGGAAUUCAACCAAUGGACUAUGUUCGAUAUGUGAUCUGUGACCAAACUGGAAUCUCCGUGUUGGAGAACUCGAGUCCUGUGAGGAGUCUUGUGAAAAGGCUCAGUGAGGUUUCCUCCUGGAUUACGCAUGUGAUCGUCUCUCAACCCACUCAUGAUGAUCGAAAGAUUGCUCUUGCUUCCAUAUUGAGAAUUAUCGAAACAUGUUGGCAAAUCGGAAACUUCAACGCAGCAGUCGAGAUCUUGACCGGGCUCAGCAAUGAGAAACUCGGGCCUUUUUGGUUGAGUUUGAGACCCGACGAGAAACAGAAAUAUGAGGAGUUCUGUGACAUCAUGUUACCGGAUAAAGUGAAGGGAAAUCCCUCAAAGCAAUACAUCCAAGCAGUACAGAGGGCUCUGCGAAUGCCUCAAUGCAGAAUUAUUCCCUUCUUUGGAAUGUUUUUGCGUGAUCUCUAUUCGAUCAGCAACGAGAUGUCCCAUAUUGUUCUGAUUGGUCAUGAGGGGAACAAAGAGAGAUUAGAGUUUGUGACGGAUUCGAAUGGCGAGGAUCACUUCUCAUCAAAAAUCGGUGUUGGUGGAUUGUUAAAUGCUGACAAGAUCAACCUAGUUGCCAUUAUUCUCGACAAUAUGGAGAUAUUUCAUCGGCAUAGCCGGAACAUGAUGAAUUACUUGGAAGAUGCUUGCCACAAUAAACCUGAAGUUCAACCGGAGAUCAAAGGUUAUGAACCAGUUCAACCAGCUUCCGGCUCUGGACAUGGAGUGACAAUGAUUCCCUUGGACACAAACAGAUUCGAUCUUGACAUCAUCCAACGGCUCCAACAUGGAACUACAGUGAUUCAUUAUGAUGCCGACUCAGGUCGAUCGGUGCUUUGUGUUCUUCGAUUGGAUUCAUCUUGUGGAAGUCUUCAAUGGAGCAAAGUGCAUGGGAUUGGAAAUAGGGAUAGCUUUAAGAUGAAGGAUCCAUUAACUACAUCAACACCAAGUGUUCCCACGACGAAUCUUGAAAGCACGAGAUCUCCUCUGCCAGGAAGUGGUCCACGUUUGUCAGAAGAAGGCGAGCUUCGGCUCAAUCACGUUAAAGCGAUCGAACAAAUGGACAGCUAUGGGGUGGAUAUUGAAGCAAUCUAUCGUCGCCAUUCCUGUGAAGAGAUGUCUGUGCCUGUACAAUGUUGGAAGGUCUCCUAUGGACAAGUUUUGCCAGAGAACGAAUGUCUCUAUUUCUUGGCUCCUCAACACAUUGCACAAUAUUGGAUUCACGGAUUGCAAAGAGUGGUUGAGGCUCUACACAUUCAACAGAAGAAUCCGGAUAGAAGGAUGCUUUGGUUGAAGAAUCUUUUUCUUCAACUUUACAGGGAAAGCCAAGCGGAUGCCGAUAAUUGUGGUCGUUCGCUUGGUCCUCGCCCCUUCGAUGCCUUGCAAGCAUUUGGUGGACGUGUUGAACGAUGGAGAGGAUUUGUUCCCGGAAUUCCCCAAAACACUCCAUGUGCAAGCCGAGCGGAAAACUCGAACUCAAACAGUGAUCUUGGAGGAACGAGAAAUAGAUUGAUCAACUUCAAAAAUGCUAUGAAAAUCAAGCUGCGUGGAACGUCGAGAGAUGCGAGUCGAUCACAAAGCCCUCAACCGCAGAGUCCUUUGGUCCGUCCACCAUCAAUCAAAUCCCAGAUGUCAUGUCAAUCCGGUCCAGCCGGUCCCAAUUCUCCCGGCUAUUACCUGAAACCGAGAGGAGAAACUGCGCUGAGCGAUACAGGAGAUCUCGACAGUAUCUACACCCCUCGAAGUCGCACCCCAACAAGCUCAAGUCAUGGAGGUCGAUCGGUGGGUGGACGAUCGACGAAAUCGUGGAGAUCGCGGGGUGGAGAGACACCGAAUUCGGGGAGUAUCUCGAGCAGUGGACAGAUCUCGAGUCUAAAUGGACCAUCAGGGAAAGAAUAUCAAGAAAAACCCUUGUCACUGCUCGAAUUCACCGAACUUUUCCGAUUGUUCAACACUCGAAUGAGGAAAGAUUUGAAGGAUGUUUUCCAUGAGAUUGUCCAAUCAACCCCAUCACAUUCGCAUGCACAGAAAAGUGCAAGAGACAGAGGAUCGCCUCGAAUGCAAAGCCGACUCGAUUCUGGGGCACCCGUGCAGGAAUUUCUGCCUAUUGACUUCUUGACUCGAAAUGUCGCCCUUCAGACUCUUGGUUUGAGUGAAAAACAAAACAAGAUCUACAAUGCUUUGGCAAUUGCUAGCGUUAACAGCCUUACAAUGGGCGGAAUGGACACAUCGCGAUCAGCCCAUCUCACUCCAUCAAUGGUCAAACAAUUUCUCGCCACUCAUCAAAUGCUUGUCGUUGAUGAGAGCUACUGUAUUCAGAUUAUUAUGGAACACGAACCAGACCCUCAUUGUCGUCAGAAACAACUCCUCUCUUUUGAAGGCUUUGUUCGAUGGUUAACCGAUCCCUCCAAUUUUGCUUUUGUGCCCGAAAAUGUUGAUCCAGAUGAAAGUCAACUCAACUAUCCACUUUCUUACUAUUACAUAAACUCAUCGCAUAACACUUAUUUGACGGGUCAUCAAUUGAAAGGAGAAAGUAGUGCGGAAAUGUAUCGACAGGUGUUAUUGACGGGUUGCCGGUGUGUCGAAUUAGAUUGUUGGGAUGGAGACAAUGGACUUCCAUUGAUCUACCAUGGACACACAUUCACAAGCAAGAUUGGAUUCAGAAGGGUUGUCGAAAUCAUCAAGCACUCAGCCUUUGUCACCUCCGAUCUUCCAGUCAUUCUUUCAAUCGAAAAUCAUUGCUCUGUUCAAGUGCAAGCAAAAAUGGCACAAAUGUUCAAGACAAUCCUUGGAGAUCGUCUUGUCACCUCAUUCCUUUUUGACUCGGAUUUCACCGAUGCUCCAAAGCUUCCUUCACCUCUACAAUUGCGCGGAAAGAUCCUGAUCAAGAACAAGAAAAUGAUCUCCGAGCCAUCUGUGGGGCUUGCUGAGACGAGAUCUCUUUGCCGAGCUGUCACUGAUAUGCAAUUGUCGAGAAAAAUCAGCAAGAACAGCUAUGAGAGCAGCACAGCUGAAGAAGCGGAAGACGAUGAUUUGGAUGAUUACAUGGAUGAUGAAGAUCAGGAUGAUGAUGAUGAUUCACCAAAAAUGAUGAGAGGCGGAAAACGAAGAAUUUCAAAGCCCGACUCGAUUAGCAGUGAUCAUUCCGAAGAGAGGAAAGGAGCUGAAACAACAACUGGAUCAUAUGACACCUCAAGGGAUGUAGAGGACGCGUUUUCCGCCCUAUCACUGGCAACAGAAAGACCAAGAGGAAGACAAGGAUUGUUGGCUCCGGAAUUGAGUGAUAUUGUCAUUUACACUCAAGCAAUCAAAUUCAAGGGCUUUCCGACGACGGAUUGGACAAGAAAUCCAGAAACGGAUCUGUUCUCUCAUGGUUUCCCUCCACCAUCCCUUUCCGUAUCAACGAAUCGAAGCCGUUGCAGUACAAAUCUCCUCUCAACUCCUUCACCAUUGAGAAGACAAAGAAGUUCAAGCCACAUAUCUGAAGGACCUGAAUCGUCACCAGGUAGUGAUCAUGGAUCAAUCAGAAGAGCCAAUGCUGGAGCAUCUUGUUAUCAAGUGACAAGCUUGAAUGAGACUCAAGCUCGAAAGUUGUGCCGUAAACAUCCGCUAAAGCUCAUUCAAUACACCAAGGAUCAUUUGAUGAGAACAUAUCCGGGAGCAAUGAGAAUCGACAGUUCAAACUUUCAACCACUUCUCUAUUGGGGCUUUGGACUGCAAAUGGCAGCGUUGAAUUUUCAAACGACCGAUGUGAUGAUGGCACUGAAUGCAGCCAUGUUUGAGCAGACUGGGAAUUGCGGUUACACUCUGAAGCCUCGCGUGCUCUGGGAUGAAACGCAUCCCCUCUACCGAAAGUUCAAUCCACUUUCGAAAGAUCUCUCGAAUCAAUCGGCUCUCAUUCUCACUUUGACAGUAAUGUCUGGUCAAUACGUGUUCCCGCAUGCCCAUUCCGGUUCGCCAUUCAUUGAGAUUGAACUUAUUGGAUUACCGGCCGAUUGUCAGAAGGAGAAGAGUAAAGUCGUGCAAAGAAAUGCGGUAAAUCCUUGCUGGAAUCACACCGUACAAUUUCGAAUUGUGUUCGUUGAAUUGGCCUUUCUGAGGAUUGCCGUUUGUGAUUCGAAUAUGAAUGGACGAGUGGUGGCACAAAGAGUGGUUCCUGUACGCUGUCUUCGUCCUGGAUACAGACAUCUCCCAUUGAGAACACCCGCUAAUCAGCCAACAGAGAACGGCUCCCUCUUCAUCAGAUCAAGAUUUGAGCAAGAGGAGCACAUCUAUCUCCAUGAAGAAGACAUUCAACAAGCCACCAGCAAUUUCGAUCACUCAUUGGCUUACCAAUUUGACACUAUGCCAAGCAGUGUCUGUAAACCGAUGCCAAUCUUGAAGAAACAAAUCUUUGUGCUGAGAAUCUCGGGGAUUGUUUCUGAUGAUCAGACGGUGGUUGUACAUGGAGAAAGUGGGAGCACUGUGAAGAGUAUCAUACAACAGGCUCUGGUGAAUGCGGGCAAGAAUGGAGAUCAAGUUGAAGAUUAUGUCCUCAUUGAGGAGAGUCUCAAAUUCGGAGAGUAUGAUGAUGGAGAAAAUCAGAGAUUCCGAGUUCUUCCACCAAACGAGCCAAUCAUGGAUGCGGUAGCCCUUUGGAAUGGAGUACAAAGGAGAUUCUUAGUCCGGAGAAAAGGAUCGGAUCCAUCAUCAAGAGCCUGGAUCACAUCAAUCAUCAAGAGUACACCGAGUACGAACAAUGGAAAUAAUGGAAAUGGAAACGGAACACCACAAGUCACCACAAACGUACCCAUUUUUGAGAGAGUCCCUGAGGUGGUGACCCAUGCGAUGAAAUCCCAAUCCUCAACCCAAAUCCAUGGAAGAAGUUUGGACGUUGAUUCAGCUGGAGGAGAUUUGGAGCCUGGAGGCAUGCAUCCAAGAGCUCGAUCGAUGGGUGACACUUUCCUCGUGUGUGUUCACAACGUCUCCGAUGAACAACCAUACGCGAUUCUUCGGGCAUCCGUCAAUAGCUCGGCAAAAGAUAUCAUCAAACAAGUUUUCCUGAAAGCUCGUCGCUUGGACGAGAAUGAAGGAGAUUUCGUGUUGGUUGAGGAGCUCAACGAUAGUCAACAACAAGGAUCGAGUAGUGGAUUGAGUCAGCCUUCAAGCUCAACAAGUACUGUCCUCUCAGCGCUUCGAGAUGUCUCAUUGACAAGAAAACGAAGUCAAGAACUGACCAGCAAGAAUGGAGUCACAACUCGUGUCCUUCGACCCGAUGAAAAUGUUUUCAAGGUGCAAUCAAGAUGGAAAAACUUUGCGCGUUUUGUUUUGGAAAGGAAACGAAUCUCGCACGGUUGCAUGAGUUCUUUGGAGAAAGUUGCACAGGUUGGUGUAAUGUCAAGUGCUCACGGCUCUCCGACAGUCUCAAUGGCCUCAAUGCUUCAACACUCACAGCUAGCAGCCACGAAGAAAACUGAACAGACAAGUCGAAAGAUAUCGCUCGCCUCGAUGAGAUCCGUUCCACGAAGACUCUCUCGUUUCGGGAAAAGUCUCACAAUGGACGCUGGAAAUAAA